UGCCGGGGCGAUGCGACUCCCCGCCCCGCAGGCAGAGCCCCUUCUUCCCUUCCCAUCCAAGGAGACACCGGGAUCUGCCUCCGCUCCCCUCGGCCCUCCCCCUCGCACCCUCCCGGCUUCCUCCCUCUCGCCUUCUUUUUCUUUCUCUUUUUUUUUCUUUUCCUUUUUCCAUCCCCUCCCCCUCCUGGGAAGACCUGGCCGCUCCCCCCGCCCCGUGCUCAGUAGCCGCGGGCUCUGGGCGGUGGACGAGCGGCGCGGAGCGGGGAGCCGGGAGCCUGUGCCCCGGGGCUGCGGCCGCCGCCUGCCCCUCCGUCCGUCCUGAGGGGUGCCAGAAAAAAUUAAAUAAAAUGGAGCACAUGUUACUGCUAUUCAUAUUUUUCAUACCUAUAUUGGGUCUCAGUAAUGGAACAGAAACUGAACAAGAUUUUACUUGGCACUUAAAGAAGAUUCCCCAGAUUGUGAGAGAAAGAACUUUCUCCCUUGACAGCCCUAAAUUUGAAGCAAAAACCAAAUUAGAGCUGAACAGUGUAUGUGGAAUUGAGUGUCAAAGAAAACUGCCAGUGCCAAGCUUGUCUGACUUGAAGGACCUCUUAUCCUAUGAGACUGUUUUUGAAAAUGGCACACGGACCCUGACUGAAGUGAAUGUCCUCGGAGCAGUGCUUGACCCAGCUGGAAACACAACCACACGAAGGUCUUUGAGAAAGAAGAGGCAGAUAUAUGGAACGGACAGUAGGUUCAGCAUCUAUGACAAGCGGUUUAUGACCAACUUUCCAUUCAACACAGCUGUGAAGGUCUCCACUGGCUGCAGCGGCAUUCUCAUUUCCCCCAAGCACGUGCUGACAGCAGCCCACUGUCUGCACAAUGGCAAGGAUUAUGUCAAGGGCAGCAAAAGACUGAGGGUGGGCCUGAUGAAGACGAAAUCCAGAGGCAAUGGCAGGAAACGCAAAGGUGCUAAAAGAAGUAGGAGAGAAGUUUCUACGGCCAAAGAGGAUCCCAAAGUUGCCACAGAACAAAGUCAACAAUCCAAAGGCGACAGGAAAAGGCAGAGGAGGCCUGGGAGGAAGCAAGGGACCUCAGAUGGCAUGCCCUCCUUCCAGUGGACCAGAGUGAAGAGUACCCACAUCCCAAAAGGCUGGUUUAAGGGUGUUUCUGGGGAUGUUGCCCUGGAUUAUGAUUAUGCUGUUCUUGAGCUCAAGCGUCCCCACAAAAGGAAAUACAUGGAGCUGGGAAUCAGCCCAACAAUCAAAAUGAUGCCUGGGAGCAUGAUCCACUUCUCAGGUUUUGACAAUGAUCGGUCUGGGCAGCUGGUCUAUAGAUUUUGUAGCAUAUCUGAUGAGUCCAACGAUCUCUUUUACCAGUACUGUGAUGCUGAGCCUGGCUCCACUGGAUCUGGCAUCUAUCUCCGUCUUAAGGAGCCGAACAAAAAGAAGUGGAAACGCAAGAUCAUUGCUGUUUACUCAGGCCAUCAGUGGGUGGAUAUCAAUGGUGAACAGCAGGAUUACAAUGUAGCAGUAAGAAUUACUCCUCUCAAAUAUGCCCAGAUUUGCUUCUGGAUACAUGGGAAUGAUGGGAAUUGCACACAAGGCUGAAGAGAGCUGAAUCUUACUUGCUUAGCACCUGUACUGCCAUAGAGUGAAAGUCGGCUGCAGCAGUUACUGGAAGAACAUCACUCCAUGUCAGAAUGUUUUUGAACUCAAAGCUCACAAGUAAUGCUAUAGUAACUUGAGGAAUGCUGAAAUGCUGGGGGAUGGGUAGAAUUGUCAGACAAAAUCUUUCUAAUUGUAAUCAACCCUAGAUAUGCACUUAAAAUCCCAAACUAUAUUUCUGUUUGCAAUUGUGAUAAAUUCAAGUCAUUCACAUGAGAAAAAAAAUGACUGCACCUGUUAGUCAUUUUUUUUUUUCCAAAUGGCAGGGUUGAAACAUCCCCGACUGGUAUUAUUAAACAGUAUCUAUUUUUUUUCUAAUGGAUUUACUUUUCUCAGGGUUCUGUUCCACUUUUUCAAAUUCAAGUAGAGCAUAUUACUGUAUGUGCAGAAUGAGUCAGAGAACUGCACGAGAAUAAGACAUUAUUCUGGCAUUCUCUAAAGACCACAGCUCCAUGUUGAGAAGCAGCAGUAUAGUUCAUGCUUGUUAGUUUGGAAAACUUCCUCUUCUGGUUGCCACAGGAACACUUCCACGGAAAUUUCAAAUUUAUGUAGCUGAGGGUUAGACCUUAGACAAAUUUCACUCCAUUGCUCAGUAAAAACAGCAAAAAGAAACUAACCAACAUAGUUUCCGUAUUUUGAAGAAGAAGAAACAUCAGGAAAUAAUUUAAUGCCUUUGAAUUUUCUUUGAGAAGUUAUAGAAGUCUUAAACACAUGCAUUUGCAUUACAAUUAGUGUUUGGAGAGCUGUAGGUUUAGUUCUUAGUUAAAUGUUUAGCUUUGCCAUUGGGAGAAGUCACUGACUCCUGAAGUGGCUAUUUGACAAUCACUUAGAUCAUUUAAAUAACCCAGAUUAUAUAUUUUUUGGGUGCUAAACAUUUCUUCAGUUUUUAUGAAUUACUUUUAUCUGAGUUCAGCUUCAUAGAUAGGAUAGUAUGUAUUACACUGGGCAUUGGAAAUCAGUAUUUUAGUUUGGCUUCAUACAGUUUUGCAAAGUGGGUGGUUUUAAUCAUGUCAUAUUCAGACUCCAACUCUCCCAAGUAAAUUAUAGCACUUUCUGAAUGUUAGAAAUACCCUGUACAUUAUAACUUGUUAGGUAGCAGCAGCAGUUAGCAAAUAAUUUGGUUCAAUAUGUUUGCAGAACCGUAUAUUUAAUGAAAACAAAAACUGAGCUUGACUUUUACACACCUUUAAACACAAACCACCUACUUAAAAAUUGUCGAUGAUUGCUACACAAGUCUAUAUCUUUUAUUUUAUGUCAAGAGUCUGAAGCGCACAGAAUUGUUAUGGUGCUAUGUUAAUCUAAUAACAUUAAGUGAUACUGUGCCUUUCUGAUCAUAUCCUUUGGGUUGCAAUACUUUUAGAAUAUUCACCACCAUAAUAUUUAAUUUUUUUUACCAUAAAUUUAUGCUGACCAAAAUACAGUUUCUUCCUUUGCAGAAGAAAAAAAUAUAAGUGUUUUAAAAAUAUUAUCUGUUUGUUGGAAUCUUUAAAACAUACUUGUAAUAUCUUUUGAUGAAAUAAGAUGAUUUUUAAUAACCCACAUUUUUUUUAGAUGAUUGAAAGUAUAUAACCUGACACACUGAAUGUGCAGGCAACUUUCUUUGUCAUAUCAUUGCCAAAGCAUAAAAAUUUAGGACUUGCAUCCAUAUGAUAACUCUAACAAUAUUUCAUUAAUUGGAAGAGAUCUCACUUUAAAGAAACUAUUUCUUUUAAUGUCAGCCUUUCCAAGGAACAGGGAACACUUAUCUUUUCUUUUUUUCUUUUUUUUUAAAAUUUUAUUUUGUGUGAUUGUUUGUAGAAAACUAAUAAUAAUUUUUACAGUUCAGAAAUUAAUCUCUAAGAUUUUAGGGUUAAUUAUUUUUUAUUGUUGUUAACAUCUCUAUUAAGAUACACGGCUUUGCUGACAGCAAUUUUAAAUCACCUCAGUCCAGUAUUUAAUACUCUUGUUCUAUGCAACAGGCCUACAAUAUUCUUUAGUCAGCUCUGUAAUGUUUUUCUUAAGUGCCUUUUUCCAUAGUUACUGUAACAAAUAAGGUACCACAUCAUUAAUCUAAUACAAGACAACCCAAGUCCAUGGAUUUUUUUACAAUUAUCCUCAUUGUUGAUUUGGGUCCAAAAUUGAUCAAGAUAAGGUGGCUUAGUAAAUUCUUUAUUUUGUUGAGUUUUAUUUAGGUGCGUUCCUUAGGAGGAGAAAUAUAAUGUAUUCCUUUAUCAGUUUGGGAAUUGGAAAAAGGUAAGAAUGAAAAAUGUUGAUGUCAGCUCGCAAAUGGUCUUGUUAUUAUAAUCAUCUGCUGUAAAUAUCUCAGCUGUGACCUGAAGUUCUCAUACCAGGCUGAUAACAAAUGUUUAUCCCCAGAGAAUAAAUAUAAAAUGCUCAGUGCCUCAUUUUAUGAGAGAUUAAAAAGGUUGUCCAGAGCAACAUAAAAAUUAAUCAAAACUAUAUACACAUAUCUGUAUCUAUACAAACCUCUGUGUCUGAGUGCACAUGCACAAACACAUGCAAAGGUACAGGUGUGUAGAAAGAGCAUGUGCUGUUUUGAUUGGGUCAGCACCUCCAGGCAAGGGAAUGCAGGCAUAAGAAAACCCAGACAAAAUGUUAUUCCUAUUACCUCUGCAUGCCAGGCAGUAUUUCAGUCUGUCACUUGGCCUAAUAGAGCAGGAAAUACUUAAUGUAGGCAUUGGGACUAUCUACUACAGGGUCUUCUGGAAUAGUUAAUAAAUUUGAGUACUUACACACAAUCCCAGGAGUUCAGUGUUCUGCGUAGAGCUCUUGGUACCAACCACUGCAAAGGGGUCAAGAAUUUCUGAGCCGUGAUCAUCUCAGAUUUCCUUAAAAACCCUGCAGUUGCUAUCUAGUUAUUGAUGAGAAAAUAUGAGGAGGGGGUGUUCUUAGUAGGUUAGAUCUUGCUGUUUUCUAGGACACCAUCAUCAAGGUUGGGUUUCGAGCCUUAUGAUGUUUUCCUAAAGGAUUUUUCCUCUUUCAGGCACCAUGCUGUACAUCAUUUGUUUUCAUCAGUACUAAUGCUUUCCCACAAGAGUUGGUAUAGUAGAUCUUUAACUGUAUUCCUGGCUUUAGGAAAAAACCAUAUUCAGUCAAAUCUCUUUUCUGGUAGGGGGGGCUACUGGAAUUAAAAAGUAAAUUUUUUUCUGGGCUAAAGAUAAACUUCAUAUACAAGCCAUUAACACACCCACACCAGCUUCUGCAAGGUAUUUGUGCAUGUGUUUAAUCUGAGGCUCUGAGACAUACAGUGGAAGUCAAGAGGCUUAAAUGCAAUGUGAAAAAUUAAGUUGUUAUUAUCUCAACAAAAGAAAAGCACUGUGUUACAUAGCAAAAUUAUUUCUGUUAUCUGAGGUAUAGAGGACCCAGUGCUUUAAAAAUUGCUUAAAGAAACUCCUUGACUUAGUUCAUAACCUACCAUCUAAAUUUUGCAGAUUUAUGAAUCUGUGUGGAAUAUGAAUCAGCACGAAUAUGGCUUAAGUAAAAAAAUUUCAUCUACAUGUGGAGGAGAGAAGCAGCUGGGGAGUUCUUUCUAUUCUGCUGAUAAGGGAUGAACUGGCAGCAAAUAGCAUACAAUGCAGAGAGAACAAGAGAAGUAGAGGGUGUGGAAGACUGGGGAGAUGGAUGUGGUAUGCAAGGGAUAAAGAAAGUGUGAAAAGUAACAGAUGAAAUGGCUGCAAGGUAGCAGAGGGACCUAUUGUAAGAAAGAGUAGGCAGCUGGUAAAGACAACAGUAUAAAUUAAAAUGUGAAAUCCACAAGUUUCAUGAACAAUCUUUUGCUGUUAAAGAUGAGGCCCUUCUUCCCAGCCAACAGCAACAAGGAAAGGGCUGUGAGAGGGCUCAGGUUGUGGCAGGGACCCCUAGCAGGCAGGGGGUUUUGACCUUGAUCUACGAUCCCUGCCUGAAUUCGCAGGGAUUACACUUCUGUUCAUUUAGGAUCCUUGGAAAGCAGCAGAUCCGUGUUCUGACCUAAAGGCUUGGCAGUGUGAACCUCCCAAUACACUGGAUUACCAAGAGUGUAGUGAGUAAAGGGAGUUUCUCAAACCUGACCUUCUGUUGUUAUUCCUGUAAAGGCUGUUUCCCAUUGGAAAAAAAAAAUAAAACAAAAAAUCUCCAACUUGAGGCAUUUAAAUGUUGGCUCAAUUUUUUUGCAUGUACCUAGAAAUUCUAGCCAAUAAAUUUUCUUUCAAAUACAUUAUGUUUGUGUUUGAUAUCUUCAUACAAAUUUAAUCAACUGCUUCCAAUUUUAAAGCACAGAAUAUUGGAGAUACUUCCAUCUACAAAUUACUGGAUUACAGAAUGACUGGGGGAAAAAUAAAGAAUAUUAUUAAAUUGAAAGCUUAAAAUUUCACUCCAAUCUCAAAGGAUUUAGAAGUAUAUUUGGGUCCCCUUUGCACCAGCCUUUUGCUCUGAGUGUCAGAAUAUCUAGGUCAAAAAUGUCCAGAGGUAGCUUUGAUGUUUCUUUAAUGUUCUUAACUUUUUAAAGACCGACAGAAAACUUCAUAAUAUUUUUAGCUGCACAAGAUGACAAUUCAUUUGAGAAAAUAAUGCAAACGUUUACUAUGUUAAGAUAUUAUAUGAUGCACUUACUAUGUCAAUAAAUAUGUUCCGUUGUUUUUCUUUUCCUCUGUCAUGAUACAGUUUGUUAGCUAUGGUUGUAUUACACAAACUUCAUUCUGUAAAUGCCUGUAAUGUGUUAUCAGUGAAUCAUCUGGGACGUGACCUUAGAAGAUGCUAAUGUCUGUUUAAAUUUGCUCUGGGAAAAAACCUCCCUGUCUUGAGGAUAAUUACUCCAUGAGCAAAUUUGAUGAGUAAAAACAAAAUUAGUUCAGUAAGGAAAUGACUCAUAGUCUAUGCCACAACUUAUUAAUUCUAAAAUAAGUAAUUAGUUUUGUUUCUGCUAUUUGCUAUAGUUAUACUUUCUACCUCAGAGAGCUGUUGAACUAGGCCAAAGUAGAAGUGUGGAAAAUACUAUAAUCUUAGUUCUUAGAAUUAUCUUAAGUCUGUGCCCUUGAAACUGGUGUUGAUUUUAUCUCUGAGAGUAAAAGGAGAGAUUUUUUGGCAAGGAUAAGAGCUGAUGAAAUAUUUAAUGGAAAGUUAAGAAAUUAUUACAGACGUGAUUAAUAGUGUGUCUAACACAAGCAAUAUUUGCCAAGGGUCUGGCAAGGACUUACCCACUAGCUCUUACAUGGAGGACAAGUUAAGUGCUAUAGGGAAAUAAAUAGGAUUGAAAGCUUUGUCACCUGGACCAAAGUCCAUUUGGGGCUGGUAACAGAUCUAAAUCUUUUCAUUGCUGGAGUCUACUUUAGCCACCAUCUGGGGGAAUGUCUUGGUGCCUGAGAAAUGUUUCUCAGCCUCUACCCAGGGAACACAGAGACCCAGAGGUGACAGCUGUGUUCCUCUACAGGCCAUUCCCAAGCCACUGGCACGGAUGUGGUUUCUUUGAUGGAAGAUAUGCUCUAACAUGGGUUAUGGAUCUCACACACUUAUGGGCCCUUGGGGGCUUGAACUGGAAUCCUAUCCAAAUGUCUAUUCAGCCCCAAAAUGUUCCCAUACAGCCCAGAUCCUUGUGCAGGUGUUUUCCAGUCAUACUUCCAUUUCCCAUUGUCUUUAACAAAUGCUCCAAAGGGGUUCAUCAGAUAACAUACACUCAAAUCCACCCAAGAACUGGCAUCUUACGCUGUUUAUCAUGUGGGUAUUCCUGAUGAAUUGUUCAUUCCUCCUGCUUCAAAUAUGUCUCUAGACCUUGAUAAUGGCUAAUCCUUCAGCUGUUAUUGCUAAGAAAAAAGAUCAGAUAUACUGGAAAAGCCACACAAAUAUUUUACAAAGAUUGUGCCUCUUGGUAAUUAUGUAUGCAUCACACUUAUUAUAGUUGCUAGGGCUCUACUUCUUUUCCAUGUCAAAGAAUUUGAAAACAUUAGAUGAAAACAAACUGGGCUGGUUUUCAGACAAAUUGCUCAGCUGCCCUUUGGCUGCAGUUGCAGCACUCUCCCAUGUUGCCGGAACAGAGAUUUCUGUGAACAAUUUUUUCCUGCACUCUGUAGGCCUUGCUUGCCAUGGAAGUGGCAAGCGUGUAUUGUUUAUAGUUAUAGACUGUGUGAAAAUAUGUGAUGCUUAUACUUGUUAGCUGUGUGUCUAAUUAUAAGGUUUGAGAACAUAUUAUGUUUAUAGAAAGAAAACCUUGAGAAACUGAAGAUAAUGAAACACCUGCAAAUUUAGUAAAACCCUAAGAGCAGAUUAAUUAGAAAGAGGUUUCUAUGCCAAGGAUGAUUUCAGAUCGCGUGGACAGGACAUCAGGUCCAAUGAACUGGAGACAUGAGACGCAUGCACAGACUGAGCUAUCCAAUCGUCUUAUUGUGAGCAUGUACCCUGAGCAAACUAAACUGUAUAAAAGUUAACUGUUUUAAAUAAUAAAUUGACAUAUUGCCGACCAUAAUGGCCUGUGAGCAUUAUGUUCAUGCCUCCCCAUCGAU